AUGUCUACCGAUUAUCCAACAAAAGAGGUGGUGGAAACCAAAGCCGACGCGAAAGAUGACCAUCCUCGCCAUCACUCUCUUAGCGAGAGAGUGCGCCACAGUAUCUCUGUGCAGCCACUCGACGAGAACACGGUUGAAGGCCAGAUCUUCUCCAUGAACGAUAUCGACCCUGUUCUUGAUAAGAAAAUGCGCCUGGUGAACGAUGCCAUCGACGAAAUCGGCUGGACUAACAUGCACCUGAAGCUUUUCUUCCUCAAUGGGUUUGGCUACGCAGCCGACUCCUUGAUUUUACUGCUGCAAUCAGUCACUUCUGGCCAAGCCGCACUCGAAUUUAAUCCUUCCUUCAAGAAUGGUCUGACCGUGGCUGCAUACUGCGGCAUGUUGAUUGGGGCGUUGUUCUGGGGAUUGAGUGCCGAUGUAAUUGGUCGUCGAUUCGCUUUCAAUGUCUCCCUGUUCAGCUGCUCGAUCUUUGCCACCGUUGCUGGUGCCUCUCCGAACUGGUAUGCUCUGGGAGCCUUCACGGCGUUGGCAGCGUUCGGUUCUGGAGGCAAUUUGAUCUUGGAUACGACUGUUUUCCUGGAAUACCUCCCUGGCAACAAGCAAUGGCUUCUCACUCUGAUGGCGUGCUGGUGGGGGCUCGCUCCGGUGAUCGCGGCAGCUUUCGCAUGGCCGUUUCUCUCCAUCUCCAAAUACAAUUGCACAAGUCAUGCGACUUGCACCUACCACAAUAACAUGGGAUGGCGUUAUGUCUGGUAUUCUAACGGGGCGCUGGUCUUCGUUCUCAGUAUUCUCCGUGUCACAGUCAUCCGGCUCAAGGAGACUCCGAAAUACCUGCUGGCAAAGGGCCAAGACCAGGAAGUUGUCAACACUUUUCACUCAAUUGCGGCCAAAUACAACAGACCUUGCUCGCUCACGAUUGAGCAGCUCGAGGCGUGCGGCCCAAUCAAAUCCACAUAUGGCAAAUCGCGAUACGGGUUUUCCGAGUUUGUGGCUCAUCUGCGAGGCCUCUUCGAAACAAAGAAACUCGGAGUCUCUACUGCCCUGAUCUGGUUAUCCUGGACCUUGAUCGGAUUGGCCUAUCCGCUCUUCUACGUCUUUUUGCCCCAGUUCCUCGAGAGUCGUGGGGCUGAGACCGGUCAGAGCGGCGCAUACUACACGUGGCGAAACUACAUGAUCACGAAUACGGUUGGCAUCUUUGGGCCGGUCCUUGCAGGUUUCAUGUGCAACUGGAAAUUCCUGGGACGAAGAUAUACCAUGGUGAUCGGAGCUCUGAUCUCCAUGGCGUUCUUCUUCGCGUACACUGCGGUGCGCACUCCGGCCCAAAAUAUAGGUUUCACAUGUGCCAUUUACUUCUUCGUCAACGUGUACUACGGUACGCUCUAUGCGUAUACCCCCGAGAGUUUGCCGUCUGCCCACAGAGCUACGGGAAAUGGUAUCGCAGUCGGCUGCAAUCGGGUCAUGGGUCUUGUGAGUGCCUUUGUGGCGGCCUAUUCCAAUACCGCCACCAGCGCUCCCAUCUAUAUAUGUGCAUCUCUGUACAUCGCCAUGGCGAUCGUGGCCGUGAUUAUGCCUUUUGAGCCUUACGGAAAGAGGUCAAUGUAG